UUUGCCUCGGGUGCCUCGGGAAAUUUUGAUAGCGCGAGGCCAUCAAGUAUUCAAGUGCUGGAACACGCGAGCUACUCUAUCAGUGGAAGAAGAGAAGCGAGUGUGCAGAUUGAGAAUUUGCGUGUAUUGCGAACAAAAUCCCAACGUUCAAGACGCCGGCUGAACAUUGACCUGAGUCUUAGCAAAAGUGUAAUGCCCUUUUUGUGCGAGUGUUACCCCUGGUGUGAUUGGACUGGAAAGUUGGGUAUGGAUAGUUUACACAUCGUAAGAUAGUGGACACAAUACUGCUCCCUGAAGCAUGACCUUAUACAGAUAGACUGAGGACCUUGUGAUGAACUCUCCUCGAAUGCAUAAUGGUAGAAAGAUGAAAGUUGUUGAGCAUUCUAAACACAAACAGAGCACAAGAGUCGAGCUGUGGUGACACGAGAACAUGACACACAAACUCCGAAGGGCUUAGAGGAAGAGGACAGUGCCAGAGUGCCAUCAUGAAGGUGUCCGGACGUGCUCUGGAGCUGAAUGCCAUCUUCCUGGUGGCGGUGUUACUGCUAGUGUCACUGCAGGUGUUUCUACACCAUGUGCAGAAGCGGAUGUACACGGAGGAGGUCAGGAACUUGAGCGAGCGAGCUGUGCCGGUCCCGAGCGCCGAGGAACUGGACGGGGAGCUAGCAGGCGCUGCGCUGGGCGUGCUGGACGAGGCGGCGCCCUCGCAGCCGGCCUUCGUGCCCAACAUCCGCAAGUCGUUCCCCAAGAGGAAGGCCCACUACUUCCGCAAGCUCAAGAAGUCCAAGAAGAACAAGAAGAACAAGGCGAAGAAGGCGAAGAAGGCGUCGGCGGCAGGGGGGGAGGGGAAGCAAGGAGGCGGGAAGGGGCAGGGGAAGGCCGAUCCCUCGGGCCCGAAGAAGGACGCCCCCCACGCCAGAGGGAAGGCCAAGGCCAUGGGCGCGAAGAAGGAGGCGAAGCUAAUGCACGACGACAUUGUGCGGCUCAAGAAGGCGGUUCAGAGGGAGAUGUCGGAGGGAAGGAAGGCCGAAAAGGCGAAUCCCCCCUCACAGUAAGAAUAGGCAGUAAGAAUAGGCAGCGUUUCGACAGGGAACGUCUUUCAGGGGUGCCACACGCCCUCUUCAGAAACGGUCACAUGGAACAAGGACACAAAAAAUUGAAUCUACCAAAAACAAUUAAAACAGCUCUGACUGGGUGACUUUUGGCUUAGAUGUUAUAGAUGCAGCUUAUGUAAAUCAGAUCCGUACUGUAAGAUACUGUAUCAGUGUCAGCAACUUUGUGGAUUAGAUUGGAUUAAGCUCAGGGAUUAAAAGCUUAAGUGACAAUGGGUUCUUGUAGACCAUUGACGCGUGAACAAAAUCGGAUUCCAGUUUAAAGGUCCCUGUUCUGGAUUUUUAUUUCUCUCACGACUGACAAUUUAGUUUGUCUUUCAUGUUUUUAAAAGUAAACUUAUACUGCAUAAACACCCACUGUGGGAUACUAAAGAAGAUUUUAACACUAAACAAAACGUUAAACAGAACAAUGAAAUAUAGUACUGCGUUACGAGUAUAAAAACAGUUGGUUCCUUGAUCCGCGAACUCGGGUCCUCUACAGAAGUACACCUGAAAAAUGCCUUUCGUCGAAACGUCAAGACAAAAGAUCUUGUUCUGUGUGUGUGCCUUUGCUGUAUUCACUCCCAUCCAUGAUGUGUCUUUCAAAUACGAUAUUUUUAAAAGUCUUGUGUAACUUGAAGUUUGCGUGUGAGAGUGCGACGGCGAAACCUAAAACUCCUUCUUGUUAAACCUGCUCGGUGCCUGUAUUUGUUGACAGUAUUAAGCACGUCUGCACAAUUGUACAUUUCGUUGUUAAUAUGUGUGUUAGUCCCAGAAGUGUUUCUUGUUGUUUGGAUUGUAUAUUUUUAUGAACACUUCUGGCGUCUCUUCUCAAAAACUGAUGAUUCCUCGUUCCUGUGAAUCCGGGGCCUUCAGUCACGUCUCUUUUGGGUUCCUUUUAUAAAGAGAAUCGAGUAUAUGGAUCUUUAAAACCCUGUUGUUUCAAUGCAAACGACUUAAAAAAAAAAAAACUAUCCAUUACAUGAAACGGUGGUUAUGGUUGAAGUGUGUAGGCUGAACGUUGCCUUAGAUAAUUAAUAUGAAUUAUAGGGUGUUAAGGUUUGCUAAGUGCUUACAGGACUCUAUAUAGGACCUAUAGGAUUCUUAUAGGCGUCGCCAUUUGCUUCCUUACAUUAAUCUACAGUCAUUAGAAAAAACAUUUUAGUUUGUCGAUCAGCCAUUAUAACGUCGGUUGUUGAAGGAUAUGGCAAUACAUCGGUUGUCUUCUAGUAUUAAUAUUCUUUAGCUACUAAAUCUAACAGUCAUAUACGAGUCUGAUUUCCUAGAUUGCAUAUGUCUUCUGUCCUCAUGUCAAGUGUUCUAUGGCUUGACAACCUCUCAACUUGUCUAAAGUUUAACGCGGUCAGAGUGAGAAAGAAAGGCACUAAUCGUUAAAUUUCUCUAACUGGGGACUUGGUGUUUUUGCUUGUGGUUUAUGUUAUAGCGCUUGUGCUUUGUUGAUGUUGACAGUUGUCUGGAUUUUCAGGGGAAUACAUUAUCUUUAUUACACGCACACGCUUACACGCACACACAAACACAUACAUUCACACUCACAUUUAGACACACUCACAUUUAGACACACUCACAUUUAGACACACACACACACACACACACACACACACACACACACACACACACACACACACACACACACACACACACACACACACACAUAUUCACAUUCACACCCACACACACCGAUAUACCUACGUAUUGAUAUGAUUAAUCACCAAAUAUCAACACCUUGUAUUUCCAUUUUCUACACACUGAACUUACCAUACAAAAGUUAUCAUAGUGGACUUGGGCUUUGUAGCACACAGCAUAUAUUUUUCUACGUAUAAAAGGCAGGGGACCUUUUACUGACUUCACCAACAACCACAAUCUAUAAUCGUAUUUUGUACAAACUUUGAAGUGCUAUAUAUGGUUGAUACACGUAAGUUGAUAAAUAGAAAAAAAUAUAUAUAAAAGUGGAACGGGUUUUAAUAAUCACAACAUACAAUGUUUAUCUUAUGUGUUGUGUUAAUGUUAACUCGGUUUUGCCUGUUUGUAGAUAUGAAAUUAGAAAAUGUUAUAACCUGGCCUGUUUUAUUUUAAGGACUAAAGAGGCAAUAUCAUAUGUUGAAAAUCCGUUACGUUGUAAAAAAAAAUUACAGAGAAUUUAUAACCAAUUAAAAUGUACAGAUUUGUAUUUGCUAAUUUUAUACAAAUAAAACAAGAGAGCUUU